CCCUCUCUGUUGUGAGGGACUUCAGGCAGAUCAAAGGCUGUGAAAUGGCUCACCGGCCGAGAACAAGAACUGAUCUGCAAGUAAAUAUGGGUCAUCUCAUGGCAACAGGGAUGAAGCGCUUGCAUAAUUCUCACAGUGAGAAAAACCUUCCGUUUUAGACUUCGUGGCACUAUUGUGGGUAUGAUAGCGGGUACACAGGUCAGUAGCAUCACCGAACACGGCCUUGGCCAUAUAGAAUUUUUAUCUGAUCAUCGUUAUCAGAUCAGAUAAAACCCCUUGAUCUGUGAGAUUAGAUGAGAUGGGAAGCCAUCAACUACACAGCUUUCUUCUCCUACCUUCAUACCAGUCGAGUCUCUCGUGCCUGCCCACUAGAGCUGUUGUGACUUGUCGGUAUGGCUUCUAGCACAGCCGAUGCCAAGCCCACGCCAGCUAUAGACACUGUUGUCGUUACAACUGAGGGCAAUGACCUGAACGAGAAGGCUCUUGCCAGUGCCGACGUUAGCAGUCCUGUGGACGGGUCUGAAACCAAGUCGAUCAGGGACUUCCCAUUAAAGUGGAAACUUACCGCGCUCACCUGUGGUAUCGCCUUGUCCUGGGGCUCGUCGUUCUCGGAGAACACCCUUGGCCCACUCAAGAGCACGUUGAAAUCGGAACUCGGAAUCGACAAUGCUCAGUACGGUACUAUCUCCUCUGCUACGUCGCUAGUGAAUACAAUCCUCCCCAUUCUGGGCGGUUAUGGGCUGGAUUAUUAUGGCGUCGAAUGGGGCUCGAUGGUUUGUUCUAUUUUCGUCUUCCUGGGCGCUGUCAUUUCGGCGGCUGGAUCGAACCAAGACUCCUUCAGUCUCGUUGUAGGAGGCCGAGUCGUCAUGGGGUUUGGGAGCACUGUCAUUGAAUCUUGUACAUCCAAAAUCCUGGCUCAUUGGUUCCAGCACAGGGGCCUUGGUUUGGUGUACGGUGCAGACUUGGCCGUUGGAAAACUCAUCGUUCUCAUUGCCAAAGCCACGGCAGUUCCGAUGCGUGAUGCUACCUCGUUCUGGGGAUGGGCGUUGUGGAUACCGGCCAUCGUCUGCUUCGCCAACUUGUUGCAGAACAUAUUCUACGUCUGGUGGGCGUGGAGUCGGCCAGAAUGGGCCCAUAUACCCACAGGUCAGCAAUUAGCCAGGAAUGCAAAACAGCGUCAAGCCUUGCAGGCUGAGAAAGGAGAAGCCGUGGUUGUCGAUCAUGCAACCGUCCGUCGACACACUGCCCUACCCGACUGGAGGUCCCUCCUUCGGGUGCCACGGUUCUUUUGGUUGGUAGUCUGCUCACAGACUCUGCAAGCUGGCGUCGUCGGCGGCUUCAACGGCCUCAGUGCCGAUAUCAUCACCGUGACUCGGGGUUCCACCGCACAGCUCGCGGGCUACACAUCGGCCGUACAGAACGUAAUCCCCGUUGUCUGCGCGCCCUUGAUCGGCGGCUUUUUCGACUUCUUCGGUUACAGGAUGCUUUUUGUGAGUCUGACAUCGGCCAUCUGGAUUCUGGUGUACAGCCUCGUUGGGUAUACCCAGACCAAUGCUCUUGGCUCCAUGGUCAUUGCAUCCCUGGCAUCAGCCAUGAACGCCCUGCCCUUUUUGGCCUCCAUCCCCCUGAUGGUGAACAAUCAGGUUGAGCUCGGAUUCGUUUUGGGCAUCUGGAAGGCGUUCAACAACAGUGGAAGCGUCGUGGUUGAUAUGGUUGCUGGCAGGCUGCAAGAUAUCACUGCCGGGAACACCUAUGAGCGCGUUAUUGCUUUCUUCGUGGCCAUGAAGGCUCUGGAAUUCUGCCUGGGUCUUUUCUAUGGUGUACUUGACAGAAGAUUCCUCGGUGGCAUUCUCACUAUGAGCGAGACGAAGCGUAUGGCUGUCGAAAAAGCAGGUAAACUUAAGGAUCCUGUGGGACGUAAACCUUCGAAAAAUUUCACAGCAUUCGGACUCGCCAUAUUGAGCAGCUUGGUUGUCGUUGCUUGGGUUCUGUUCAUUCGCUAUUCGUUGUAAAGUGGCGACAGAGGCAGACGUGUGGUUGAGCAUCGAGGUAAGCCCAUGCCUACUGCUGAACAUUGGGAGGAUAGCAGCUUCGAAUGAGGCGGUGGGACGAUCCUGCUCAGCAAGGCUCGGCAGGUAGACGGCCAUCCAGAAACAGGAUGAAGGCGUCACCAUGUUCGGAAGUCCAGUAGCGGAACAAGGUAGCGCGAAAGAUCCCUGACGAUACAUCCUCCCAGCAAAAUUUGUCAACGCAAGCCAGUUUUGAGCCUUUGAAGCGGUAAUAUGGGUUCC